GGCGUUAAUGUGCUGCCAUGGAAAUACAGUUCGUGCGCCCUAUGUUGAAACUACGUGACGUCAGGUCAGUGACGAAGAAGCGGAGAUGCAAGCAAUUCGUUCUAGGAGAGAGUGCGUGCAUGAUAUUCCAUCCAAGAGAGUGCGACCAGUUCGCUGACUGCGGCGACAGCGAUUUCGGCAACAUGGGUAACGUUGUGGGGAUUAUUACUAACGGAUAUUAAUUGGGAGCGACCGGAAAAAUGGCAGAGAGGUUGGAGUGGGUUGAGAUCAUUGAGCCGCGCACGCGGGAGCGCAUGUACGCCAACCUCCUCACCGGAGAGUGUGUGUGGGACCCCCCUCAGGGGGUGCGUAUCAAGAGGACAGGGGACAACCAGUGGUGGGAGCUGUUCGACCCCAACACCUCCCGCUUCUACUACUACAACGCUUCCACGCAACGCACCGUCUGGCACCGCCCGCAGGCCUGUGACAUCAUCCCCCUCGCCAAGCUACAGACGUUGAAGCAGCACACGGACGUGCCCUGCCCGGGAGGGACGGGGGGAGACAAAGGAGGGAGGACGUCAGCGGAUAACAGCCCAGGGAGGAGCAGUGCCGUCAGUAGAGAGGGGAGCACCUCGUCUUCACUGGACCAGGAACUGACCACAUCGGAGAAACAGGGGAAUAGAGAGGAGGCAGAGAGGACCUCUCCGUUCAGGUGGAACACAGGUACUAAGGAGAGGAUGCUGAUCAAGGUGACAGACAGAGAACCCAGCUUCCUCUCUCACCAGGGGAAUGGUUACUCCCCCUGCGACCCCCCCACCCUCACCCCAGUCCCUGCACCCGGCACCGGCACAGCCUCCCGUACCCGCCGAUCCUCUGGAGGUUCCGCCCCCCCUGAUGGCGCCCCUGACGGCUCUCCCAUCCUCUAUGUUGACCGCCACCAGUCGCCCUUCCUAAAACGGACGGAGCUCGGGGGCGGAGGAACAGGGACCCACCGGCGCUCGUCAGCUGACUCACAGCCCUCUUCCCCCCGCUAUGCCUAUGAAUCCCCCCUCUACGAGGAGCCCCCCUCGGAGUACCAGCCCCCGCCCAUCUACGAGGAACCUCCCACAGAUGGGAUGCGCCACCUGGGCUCUGACUCCUCCUCCUUGCUGUACGGCACAGGGAAGUCCCCCACCCGGGGAAAUCCCUCCUCGGGGACGCCCCUCUACCACUCGCCCAAACAGAGCCACUCCCCCUAUGGUCAGCUGGUGUUGACCAGACAGAAGUGUCCAGAGAAGACACAGAGUCUGGAGUACAGCCCUGCAGGGAAGGAGUACGUCAAACAGCUGGUCUAUGUGGAACAGUCCUCCUCCAGUCCGCGUUUUAAGACGUCCGACCGGCUCCUUCGCUACGGGACCUCCACGGCCACACCCUCCUCCACGGGGGGCUAUGGGGGCUCCUACGGGGGAUCCUACACCCUCCAACACAGCCAGAGUCUGAUCCGGGACCCCCGGCUGCUGCUGGAUUACGGGGGCGGGGAGGGGGGCGAAGGAGGGGGCCAGAGGCUGCUCUACGAGGACUCUAUGUCCUGGAGCUCCAGUCAGCACCACUCCCUCUCCCUCUCUGGGUCUACAGGAGGAGGGGGCUUCUCACCCGGUGGCAACCGCAAACGCAAGACCCGGAAGCCCUCCCUGCCUCAGGAGCUGGGGAGUUGUGGAGGAGGGGGUGGUGGGGUGGACCGGGAGGAAGGGCCAAUGUCGGGGACCCUGUCGGAGGCGGUGAUGAACCAGGCCAGGCUGGCUUGGGAGGCCCAGCAGGUGAUGAAGCAGAGGAGCAGUUGGGACUCUGUCCCGGGGGGAGGGGUAUCGGCUGGGGGCUGUGCCCAGGGAGGUGUGUCUAAAGACGGGUACGAGAGCGACGGUGCGGUGCCCCUCCCCCUGCCAGGCCCGGUGGUGAGGGCGUUUAGUGAGGACGAGGCGUUGGCACAGAGCGACGGGCACCACGGGCAUUACCACUGGAAACGCAGCACCUUCGACAGACUGGGCUUCCCUCGGGCACUACUGGAGAAGAGCUUGUCUGUACAGACCAACCUGGCCUCGCCUGAGCCCUUCUUACACCCCUCACAGUCGGAGGAUCUUGGAGCCUGUGCUCAGUUCGAGGCAAGUCGUAAUGCUCGGAACAUGAUGCCCAGCGCAAGCUGUGGAGUUUUCCCAGAAUUCACCCUGCGGAAGCCGUCCUCAGAGACCGACAUCGAGAACUGGGCCUCCAAACACUUCAACAAACACACACAGGGUCUGUUCCGGCGUAAGGUGUCCAUAGCCAACAUGCUGGCAUGGAGCAGUGAGCCAAUCAGGAAGCCCAUGAUCGUGACGUCAGACCGUGCGGUGAAGAGGGAGGCGGUGGAGAUCUUUAAACUAAUCCAGACCUACAUGGGAGACCGCCGAGCCAAGACUGACCCACUCACUGUCGCCCUGGAGACUGGCCCACUGAACAUCGCCCUGGAGGUGGCAGUGCGUGGUUGGAGCAGUCAGGGUCUUCGUGAUGAGCUCUACAUCCAGCUCUGUCGUCAGACCACAGAGAACUUCCGCUACGAUAGUCUGGAGAGGGGCUGGGAGCUCAUGGCUGUGUGUCUGGCCUUCUUCCCCCCAACUCCACGCUUCCACUCCUACUUGGAGGGAUACAUCUACAGACACAUGGACCCCCUCAACGAUACUAAAGUGGCUCGGCACAUCAGCGGUCUGCUGGCGAGCCGGGGGGAGAGGCGAGCCAGACUGAUGCGUGGGCGUCGCCCUGGGAGGGAGAAGGCGGGGCCAGCAGAGGGAGUGGCGAUAAGCGGCUAUGCCAAAUACUGUUACCGUAAACUGCAGAAGGCAGCUCUGACCGGAGCUAAGAAGGGGUUGCAGAAGCCGUGUCUGGAGGAGAUCAAACACGCCAGGAACGCCAUAUUCAGCCCCUCCAUGUUUGGCUCCUCCCUGGAGGAUGUGAUGUCACUGCAGAAGGAGCGUUACCCCGACAGCCAGCUGCCCUGGGUCCAGACACGCCUCUCAGAGGAGGUUCUGGGGCUCAACGGAGACCAGACAGAGGGCAUCUUCAGGGUUCCGGGUGACAUAGAUGAGGUCAACGCCCUCAAGCUGCAGGUGGACCAAUGGAAGAUCCCCACGGAUCUGGAGGAUCCUCACAUCCCAGCAUCUCUGUUGAAGUUUUGGUACAGGGAGUUGGAGGAGCCGUUGAUUCCGCAUGAGUUCUAUGAGGAGUGUAUCACUCACUAUGAUGACCCUGAGGCUGCAGUCAACGUUGUCAUGGGCCUGCCUCACAUCAACAGACUGGUGCUCUGCUACCUCAUACGCUUUCUACAGGUGUUUGGCCAGCCUACCAACGUGGUGAUAACUAAGAUGGAUGUGAACAACCUGGCCAUGGUGAUGGCUCCCAACUGCCUGCGCUGCCAGUCAGACGACCCACGCAUCAUCUUUGAGAACACGCGUAAAGAGAUGUCCUUCAUCCGCGUGCUCAUCCAGCACCUCGACACCAGCUUUAUGGAUGGACUGCUAUAGCCCCCCAACUUCAACUGUACCCCGAAACUACCAUACGACAUGCGGCGCCUCCCUCCCUGCUAUAGCCCCCCACUUUUCAACUAUUCUACCCUGAAAAAAAACACACGGGUUGCCCCCCAAUUUCAAAUGUGCCCAUAAAUCCACCAAGGCUCCACCUGCCCCACAGACCCUGUUCUAACCCCCCAACAUCAAUUGGGAUGACCAGGAAACCUCCCAUCUCCAACUGCCCUCCAUAUACCCUGCUAUAGCCCCCAAACUACAACUACUGACCCCAAAACCAUCCACACAGGACAGGAUGACCCCCUACCUCCCCCGACAGAGCCCCAUCCCAGCCUGACCCGGACCCCUGACCUCUAACCUCUACUCCCAUCCUACACACAGGGACUUGCGUCUCACACACACUGAUGUACAGGGUUACACACACUCACAUAGACAUACUCUCACAUGUACAUUUACUGACGCGUACACACACACUCACUUGUAUAGUACACAUCCAUACACACAAUUUCUGAAAUCAGGGUGUUGGACCACAAAUCAGCUCCGGACCCAGAGCUACAGUCAAACUGCCAUCAAAGAAGGUGGAUAAAUGAAGAUGUCCCACUCAGGCUGUUUACCAUUGAUAAAAAUGGUCACAGUUCCGGUCUGCUUAAGGGAUGACAUAGGUACCAAUGCAUUAGCAGCUGAGUCUGGUCUGUUUAGUUCAUUGACUGUAUACGAACCAGAAAAAAGGAGGGCGUGAGAUGUCUCGCUUCCUCUCCUGUCUCUGCUACCAUGAAGCCUGUCAGUCCAUCUGCACUGUUGUCACCAACCAACUGAUGUCAAUAAAGUUUUUUAUUUAGAUUUUUUGGGACGGUGGGGGCGAAUCCAGGUCAGGUACUAGAGGGGAUCAUCGCAGCACUGCCAAAUCAACCGUGACUGUUGCAACCAGAAGUGAUAGACACCCCUACAGCCCUUACCACCCAUCCGCCUGGUACAUAGGCCCUUCUGUCCCACUCACCCCUCUGACCACCCAGACAACCACACAACCUCUACCCCUAGAGCCCCUCACUAUCUACCCCCAACACAUCCUCAAGAUGGCGCACACCUCUAUACUCUCAUACUGAUAUGAUUUCUGAAUGUCUAAAUUAAGAUCCGUCCACCUCUGUCUGUUUGUCUGUCAGAAAAACUGUACCUGUCUUUUGGACCUGUAAAAAAGUAUUUUCUUUAAUAGCUGAUUUGACUGGGUAUGGAUUAAAAAAAUAUAUAUUAUUAUUUUAUUAAUUGAUUUGUUGUAUUUAACAGAGUUAUGUUUUUUGCCCACUAUUUUAUAUAAUUUAAUUUAUUUGUAUUUAUUUCAGCAAUAUUUCCUUAAUGCCUUCUUCUUAGACAAUAUACUUUAGGAUUCACGUUGUCUGUGUGUGUGUCCCAAAUUGCACCCUAUUCCCCUUAUAGUGCACUAGUUUUUGUCAAAAGUAGUGCACUAUAUAGAGAAUAGGGUGCCCUUUGGGAUGCACAUCAUCUUUAUGUUUGAGAGAAUGAGUGUGGACAUGUAGGCAUGUAUGUGCUUGUGUGUGUUUUCAAUACAAUAGGACAUAUACAUCACAUGUUCAUAUGCACAUACAUGUUAAUACGUGCUCUCUGAAGGGUACAGUUGGUGUGUCUCUCUGUGUGUCUGAGAGUUAAGUCCUGCUGUUUUUUUUUGUUCUGUUAAAUCUGUAUUUACACACAUCAGAGAGCUCAUUGAACAAGAGAGACUGACAGAGCAAUAACCUACACCCUCUGGAUCUGUAACCAGGUUUCUAUCCCAAAAAAAGUAUAUGUCAGAUAAAACAUUUCACGACUGUCCUGAUGGAAACAGGAAAUUGGAAACCGCAAAUAACCAUCAUAUCGAAGUAAACGUCGAGUCACGUGAUGAUAUGUUGUGUCGUCUUCCCCCUAUAACAAUGCAGUGAUUGAUGCUCCUUUCCAAUAAAUAUUGAGGGUCUUAAUCCAGAGAAAUGAUGAUCGAUACUUGGCUGCCUUUUGACAUAUUAAAAUAAUCUCGCUCUUUUGUCCAUAAUAAUCUCAUCAUAUAGGCUAUCCUACGCGCACUGUAUCUGCAAGCUGUUGGCUAGAGAGCACGUGCCAAGACCAGAGUGGGCACAGUCGCAAUAUAACGCAGUUUUUUGGGUGUUUAUUUUUACAUAACCCCAUUUAACUUGUAUUAUUUAUUCGGUACAUGGUCAUUUAACCGCAAAAGUUAUUUUUAUGUGCACUACGUCUUAAGGCACAGACUUUUUUCCGCAACAGGUCAGUUUGAUGGAAACAUCUCGGGUAGGAAAAUGCAUAUUUGUGAAUAUUCACAUGAAAAUCUGUCUCCAAUUGGAAGUGCUCUUCAUUUACCUCUCAACAAUGGCUGAAUUACAAUCUGUAAGUAGUAGAACUGUUCACUCAGUACUUUGGCCAAUACUACAUUUUUUACUGACAUGUUUAAAACUAUUUUCUACAAUGGAAAGGAGGGCAUACACUCACAUGUUAACAACAUAGACUACCAAGGGGCACUGCAAAAAUACUACUCUCAGUUACAGAAAGAAGGAACAAAAAUGUGUGUGUGUGUGUAUGUGUUUGUGUAAGGGAUGGCAGUAGAAAAUCGACCAAUCAGCAUGCAGAACUUCGGGUCACCACUUUAAAUAAAAUAAAAAUAUAUGAAAAAAUAAACAUGAAAUACUUACAGAAAGGAUUUACAAACAUGAAGUGUUAAAAAUAAAUGUUUCCACUUUAAGAGAUGAUUUUCAAUCUCUUUUUAAUCUCUUUGUUUUCAAUGAUUACUGGUUGGUUCUCAUUUUUGAUUUGUUGCUACAUAUGUUCUUCUUACAGUUAGUGUCCAUACUGUUAUUAUCAUUAUUAAUGUAAUUAAAAUGACUGAUAUUGAUCACAAGUAAGGUGGGAAUCAGCUGCUAUGUACUCUCUGCUAUGUACGCUCCUCACCUCCUCCUUUUCUUCCUCUAACUUCUCCUGCUCCCUGCUCCUCAACAUUUUCUUUUCUCUUUUAAUGUCCACUGUCUGUCACUCAAACAAAAAUCGACAUUGUUUAAUAAACAAUUAAAAUGUGAAAUAUU